CUAGCUCCUCACUCACUCCUGUUCGUAGCCCUCAUGGAAGACCCUGCAUGAGGCCUCAGCUCAGCUCAGCUCAGCUCAGCUCAGCUCAGCUCAGCUCAGCUCAGCUCAGCUCAGCUCAGCCCAGCCCAGCCCAGCCUUCUGUCCCUAACAGUGUCUCUGGUUUGUGUCUACCUGUUCUCUGGACGGUCUGGUGAGCUUUACGUUUGGUUCAACUCAACCUUGAGGAAACUGGUGGACCACUUGUGGUCCAUGUACCCAGUGUUGUAAUACCUAUACUGUACCGGGACCGCGCAGCAUCCAGAGGACCGUGCGCGUUCACGCCUCCACACAGAGCAACGGGAGGAGGAAGAAGAGGAAGAGGAGGAGGAGGAGGGACGACGACGACGACAGUGUAAAUAAAAAUGAUGGCGACCGCAGCCGACGAGAUCAAAGAGCCAGAACCGUUCCCCUGUUCUGUCCCCGACACGAGCCUGAGCUCCGUGUCCUUCAGAAUGAGACGGAAACACGAGGACAGACAGUGGAAGUUACGGUUUAUUUACCUGCAGUGCUAUUUCUUGACCAUUGCAACAAUAUUAGGAACAGGAAUCUUGGGUCUUCCAGUAACAAUAGCUCACGCUGGACUGGUGCCUUUCCUUUUCUCCUUCCUCUUUGGCUUUUUAGUCCAGGCCCUGCUCAUCUACCUGUUUGUGGAACUUCUUCAGAAGUGUCUGGUGGUGCAGCUGGAGUCUCUGAAGACGGAUGUAGCGGAGUGUAUUGGGAUGGACCGGGUGAGCGUCCACGAUGUGUCUCUCACAGAGGACGAAGACGAGGGUGAAAAUGCGGAAGCAGAUACUGGUUUGCUGCAAGUGAAUACUGUGCCUCUGCACAACCAGGAGGACGUCUUACAGCCCAACCUUCAUCUGAUCGGCCGUCUCUUCCUCUCACGACCCAUGAGCCACGCCUUCAACUGCGUCUUGCUCUUCCAGUUCAUUUCUAUUGGAAUCAGCUACGUCUUAGCUGGCAGUGAGGCCUUUGCUGCUCUUUUUAACAUCAGUCACAUCUAUGUGAUUCCGGCCUUCACCUGGAUUCUGACUCUUGCGAUCUUACUGGGCCACACGGUCAUUCAGCCCAUCACUUCCCUGCUCACACUUCUGAAAGGAAUCCUGCUAAUUGUCACGGUGGCUGUGACAUUUGCAGUGGGGUCAGAAGUCGGCCUUCAAAGCAGCAAUGACUUCAGUCAGAUGGGGAAACCUUUUCUAAUGGGCACAGUGGCUCUGGGAGGGAUCGUGAACGUGAUGCCUUUGCUUUUCUCCCAGAUCUCACACAACAGAACACAGAUCCUGUGGUUUCGAAGAGCGGUUCUUGGUGGUUUGACGACCUGCACCAUCCUCAACAUCCUUUGGUGCUGGGCAGUGUUGGAAAUCGUUCCUCAGACAUCCUUACCUGAGAGGCAUUUGGCAGAUGAGACAACCGCACAGCCUGACGCCAGCAGCCCACCUGGAUCUCAUUCCUCCGCCCACAUUCUGCUGCACAGCAACAUCUCAUUAGAAGAGUCUGAAAAAGCUGGAGAGAUUGCAACUAUUCCACUGACGAAGAUCAUUAAUGAACGUUACAGCGUGUACUCGUGGGUCGCUGAGCUGAUCCAGGUGUUUAUCUCCAUCAGUGUCACUGUGUCCUUCCUGGUGAUGGGAUCAGCCAUGAAACACACCAUCGAUGGUUUAGUGAGCUCACUGUGGAGCAGGAGACUGGAGUGGUUGUCCAAAGCUUGGGAGAGACAUGUGACCAACAAAGAGCACAUCUGCUCAGCAAGGAGUGUCGUCAAAGGAUUUGCAUCAUUGCUUGGAUUUUGUGUCAUCUUCACUGUGUCAGUGUGUGAUCCCAGGGGUUUCGUGGUCAUUCUGGAUAAAGUGGUGUCGUUCUCUCUCAACACUGAAGUGGGUCUGUUUGUCUUCAUCAUGCUGAGAGAAUCCAGAGAAGAUCGAUUCCAGUGAGUUCAGCU